AUGGUGUCCUGGAAAAACCUCUGCAGAGAAGACAGAAGAGAUGUCGGGAGGCCUCGGAGAGAAGAGGGAGCUGGGAGCUGCCGGGAGGGCGGGCGAAGGCACCACCUGAGCGAGGCCCAGGGCGGCCCGGAGGCGCUCCUGCCAGGAGGGCAGCUGGUGGUGCCAGAGCAGCAGGCCCUGUCCCCCGCCGUGCUGCGAGGCGGGGCAGCGCCCUCGCGGGGCUUCUUCGCAGCUCAAGUGCUCUUGAUGCGAGGAGAGGCAGAAAUAGGUGUGAGAUUCACCCUUUAUACUUUGCGUUCCUUAAGACGGAGGCUGUUGUCGCAUGUCUGGGUCUUUCUGUGGGAGAAGGGCUACCAGGAGACAGACUCUGUGGUCAGUUCUGUAACCACAAAGGUGAAAGGAGUGACACUGACAAACACGUCCACCUUGGGAGCCAGGAUCUGGGAUGUAGCUGACUAUGUCAUCCCUCCUCAGGAGGAGAAUGCUGUGUUUGUCAUGACCAAUGUGAUACUCACACCCAACCAGCGUCAAGGCCACUGCCCAGAACUUCCAGAUGAUAAAACAAAGUGCAAGGUCAACAAAGACUGUGUUCCAGGAUAUGUCAGUACCCACAGCAGUGGCAUCCAGACUGGGAAGUGUGUACCAUACAACAGCAGCAUUAAGACCUGUGAAGUCUUUGCAUGGUGCCCCGUGGAGGAUGACUAUUAUAUACCCAAGCCAGCGUUCCUGCAAGAAGCUGAGAACUUCACCCUUCUGGUGAAGAACAACAUUUGGUACCCCAAGUUCAACUUCAGCAAGCGAAACAUCCUCCCCACUAUCAACUCCACCUACCUCAAGAGCUGCAUCUAUGAUUCCCAGACAGAUCCCUUCUGCCCUAUCUUCCGUUUAGGGAAAAUAGUUGAAGCUGCAGGGCAGAACUUCCAGGAAAUGGCUGUGGAGGGUGGAGUCAUGGCUCUGCAGAUCAACUGGAACUGCAACCUUGACAGAGCUGCUUCCCACUGUGUGCCCAGGUACUCCUUCCGGCGCCUCGACAACAAGGACUCUGCCCACACUGUCUCACCUGGCUACAACUUCAGGUUUGCAAAAUACUACAAGGAUAGUAAUGGCACAGAGUCCCGGACACUUGUCAAAGCUUAUGGGAUCCGCUUUGAUAUCAUAGUGUUUGGAAAGGCAGGAAAAUUUGAUGUGAUUCCUACCAUGAUUAACAUCGGCUCUGGCCUGGCACUGUUUGGUGUGGCAACAGUGCUGUGUGACAUUGUUGUUCUGUAUUGCAUGAAGAAGAGGUACUACUAUCGGGAGAAGAAAUACAAAUAUGUGGAGGAUUAUGAACUGGUAAGCAUCAAUGAAGGCAGAGUGGAGGCAAAGUUGUGUCUGAUUCGGGAGAGAUUCUGA